AUGUUCGUGGCGACGGCAGCCGCCGGUUCCGACGCGGCUGUCGCGCGGGAUGUCGACAAGGUGUGCCAGGAGCUCACGCUGCUGGACCUCAAUCCGAACACGCUGCAAAUGGCAAAGCAGAGGGUGGAGGGUAUCGCUGGCACUGCUGUUCGUGUCGACACCGUGACGGGGGAUGCAACUCAGGCUCUGCCACUCGAGAGACGUGUAUUCGACAGCAUAUACCUCUUUUACCUGCUGCACUGCAUGACUGGACCGACCGCGUCCAAACUACGCGUCCUUGACAUGCCGCGACCGCAUCUCGCUCCAGACGGAACUCUGGUUGGCGCGACGAUCCUGGGCGACGAGGCGACCAUGAACCCGUUGGCACGGCUCCUCAUGAGCCUGUAUAACUGGAAAGGCAUUUUUGGGAACUGGGGGGGCAGCGAGAAUGAGAUUGAUGGCAAGUUGCGAGGGAUGUUUGCGGACGUGGAGACCUGGGUCGUUGGACGUGUGCUGCUCUUCAGAGCUCGGAAACCGUUGGGUACCCCCCCGCCGGGGUACCAGCACCACCAACCGGCCUCAUAUCAGCAGCCGUACCAACAGCCGUACUAUGCUCACCCGCCGCCGCCACCACCCCAACCGCCGCGCCUGUCGCUCAAUCACCGUUUACAAUGGUGGUACAGCAUCACGCGCCCCUGGGCGAUUGUCGUCCCGGCCAUCACCCUCAUCAUGGACGUGUGGUGGUUCGCGGCAGGCAGGCUGUGCGGGUACACGGACAGCGUGAUGGACGAGUGCUUCUGGGUCCUGUGGCUGUCCCUCCCGCUUGCUAUCGUGUCGCUGGUUUGGAACAUGGCCGCGACCAUCUCGGCGAGGAGGAUCAUGCAUCAAAGACCCGGGUUCGCCCCGGGGCUGCAGUUUGGAGGCCAGGCGCUGGUUGCGUGCGGAGCGUCCGUGUGUCUGGGCCUCCUCGCGCGGCACUUUGCCGUGUACAUGGACGCGUGGUGGUCGAGUUCGCUCGAAGGCGCCAUGAUUGCCUUGAUUUCCAUCAUCACGUAA